AUGCCUUUUGGUAUUUUUGUUGGUGUCGACAAUCACGGAAGGACAAUAUUGUUUGGUUGUACACUUAUUCGAAAUGAAACAGUGUCUACAUUUCAAUGGUUAAUGAAAACUUUUGUUAUUCUCAUGAAGAAGCCUCCAAAGACAAUCAUCACUGAUCAAGAUCCAUGGAGGACUCAAGCAAUUGCUUUUGAAAUGUCAUCCACAAAACAUGCCUUUUGUAUAUGGCACAUUACUCCUAAAUUUAGUGGUUGGUUUACUUCAAUUCUUCGAAAUCGAUAUUCAUCAUGGUGUGCUGAUUUUUAUAAGCUUUACAAGCUUGACAAUAUUGAUGAUUUUGAAGAAGAGUGGUUUAUAAUUGUUUCCAAGUACAAUCUAGAAGCAAACAAGCACAUAAAAGGCUUGUAUGAAGUUAAACAAUAUUGGGUUGAUCUUGCCAUUGAGGACAUUGGGCAACAACUAUUACAUCACACCAUGUUAGAUACAUAUAGGGGAUCUUUACUUCGAUCUUUAUCCCCUUUAGAGGAGAAAGUUCAUAAUAUUUUCACAAAAUUUGCUUUCACGAAGUUUCAGAAGGAGUUUGAGAGGGCAACUCAAUACAAGAUUUGUGAAGAAAAACGUGUAGAAUUUAUUGUGAAUUAUUACAAUGAGAAACAAUCACAAAAACAUAAAGUCUUAUGGGAUGGUGAUGUGGUUGGUUGUAGCUGUAAGCAUUUUGAGUUUUGGGGUAUUCUUUGUAGUCAUAUAUUGGCAAUAUUCCUUCAUAAAGAUUGCUUUCAGAUUCCAAUAAGGUACUUGCCAUUACGUUGGUGUCAGGAUGAAUUUCAAAGACCGGUCGAAGUAAAUAUGCUUAGUGAACGAGGACAUAAAGGUAAGGGUCCAUCUAUUGAGAAUGCGGUAGAAUUUAUUAAAAAUCCUCCAUGUUCAAUAACAAAAGGUCGUCCCAAAACCAAACGAUCAAAAGGUGGAAUCAAAUUGUCAACAAAAGCAAGAAGUUGUACCCUUUGCAAGAGAACUGGCCACAAUUUUACAACUUGUCCAGACAAAGAAGGUUAUGUUCAGUCAUCAAAUACCAAGAAGAGGAAGAAUGAAUCUCAAGCACAACAAAAUUUGAAUCCGGUUUUUUAUUUAAAGUCUUAG